UGUCGAAUUUCUAUUUUCGUGUCGAAUUUCUAGACAUGUCUAGUCACUAGUCCCGUAGUCCGUAUCUCAAUCCCUUUCGUUGAGAAUCAUUUCCUGUUUGCAGAUUGUGAUCGAUAACUAUGGCGACGACACAACCGACAGGGUUAGAGAUUAUUGGUGGCUUAGCUAUUCACGUUAUUGUAUCGAAACUCGGACCUUCUGAUGCAGCAGCUGUCGCAUGUGUCAACAAACGCUUCAAAGAUUGGGCUUCGGAUGAAUCUCUAUGGUCGUCUUUCUGUGCGCAAGAACUGAAACUCUCUUCCCCUACUGAUCCUUUGGGCAAUCCAUGUCCCUCUUUGAAGGCAGCCUAUGGGGCAUGGAGGGAAGCUUAUGAGGUGUUACCCACCCUUCGUAAGGGUGCUUCUGAAGAUGAAAUAAACAAGUUAGAAAAGUGUUUGAAAGUUAAACUCCCUCUUCCCACAAGGGUCCUCUACCGAUUUUGUGAUGGACAAGAACAAUGUAAUCCUUCAUCAAGAGGAAGUACAAAUCCACUUCAAAAUCUAUGUGGUUUAAUUGGAGGUUACUCUUUCUAUGAAUAUCUCGUGAAUGUUUUCUUGUUGCCAUUAGAUCUUAUAAUCAAAGAGACGAAUGAUAUUGUACGCCAUCUUGGAUUUAGUAAACACAAGUACAUUGUUGUGGCAACUUCUUCUACUUACACUAAGAAGAUCUUUUUUCUUGAUUGUGAGGAGGGUCAACUCUAUGUUGGCACCAAGAAUCUUUUAGUGAGUAGAGAGAUAAUGCCGUGUGUUCCGAAUGGAUUGAUAACUUCAAUUCAUGAUUCCAAAAGUUGUUUUCAACAAGAUGGUAUGUUUUUAUGGUUGGAAGAACAUGUUCAUCGCCUUGAAACUGGAUAUAUUAAAGUUCGAGAAGAAGGAAAUAUUAGAAGCAUUAGUUUGUUCCCUGAACAACUUCCCCUUUGUUCUUCAGCUACUACAGGUGGUGUUCAGGUUCGUGCUUCUGCUGUAUUUGUGCCCGAGUUCAGUGACCUUGUGCAAGAAAAAGAGAAAUACAUGUUUGCUUAUUCUAUCCAUAUCAAUGGAGAAGCUGUAAUAGGCCAGUUUCCACUAUUACGUCCUGGGAAGAAAGAAUUUGUUUACGAGAGUUGCACAAUGUCCGCAUCGUCACCCGGAUCUAUCGAGGGUUCUUUCACAUUUGUCCCCGGAAGAUUGGCAGAUCCGAAAGGAAGUACUUUUGAUGUUGAAGUUGCUAAAUUUCCUCUUUUGUUGCCGGAAUACAUCUUCUAAUUCCAAAGUGUUGUCCAUGAAACUAUCUUCAUAUCAUGUAAUGCAUGUAAUGCAUCGCAUACUAUCUACCUUCUUCAAAAACAAACAAAGAUCUUUGUGUGCUUAAAAGUUAAAAUCCAUAAUGAUUUCUAUUAAUCAAUGAUGUGAGAACCUUGGAAUAAUUUUUGAUAUUUUGAUUGUCCAUGUGAUUAUUGUAGAUUAGAAUGGCAACUAUUGGAGUUUUUUUU